AUUCAGCGUGAGACGUGUCUCUACUGCUCAUUCUUUCUCAUACCGACCAUGGCUCCGAAAGCUGGCAACAAGCAGCAGUCCGAGGAAGAUCUGCUUAUGCAAGACUUCAGCCGCAACCUGUCGGCUAAAUCUUCAGCACUUUUCUAUGGCAAUGCUUUCAUCGUGUCUGCAAUCCCCAUUUGGCUGUAUUGGAGAAUAUGGCACAUGGAUCUUGUCCAGUCAGCUGUGUUGUACAUUGUAAUGACACUGCUCAGCACCUACCUUGUGGCUUUUGCAUACAAGAAUGUUAAAUUUGUCCUCAAACACAAGGUGGCACAGAAACGUGAAGAUGCUGUUUCUAGAGAAGUGACCCGAAAACUUUCGGAAGCAGACAACAGGAAGAUGUCGCGAAAAGAGAAAGAUGAGAGGAUCCUUUGGAAGAAGAAUGAAGUUGCUGAUUAUGAGGCAACAACAUUCUCCAUUUUCUACAAUAAUACCUUAUUCCUGGUUUUGGUGAUCAUUGCUUCUUUCUUUAUUCUGAAGAGCUUCAACCCUACCGUAAAUUACAUUUUAUCUUUAAGUGCUUCCUCUGGACUCAUUGCUCUGCUUUCUACAGGAUCAAAGUAAUCGGACACCGAUUUCCAAAGCAUGAAUAAAAAAAAAAAAGGAUUGUUUUCUGUAUUUUUUUUUUUCCUUAAGCAAACAGUGUGUAAAAUAAACAUCUUUUGUGG